GUACAGCCUUCAGCUGGGGGGCAUUUAAGACGCAGAACCCUUGGCUGGUCCCCAGCCACAGCUGCAGGACCUAGAGGCAGACCUUGACAGCCUCAGUGGAGGCAGGAGAAGCCGAGGCAACAGCAGCAGGGGCCACAGCACCGCGCCCCUGCCUCUCCCCACUGCCUGGACACCAUGCUUCUGGCCACAUUCAAGCUAUGUGCUGGGAGCUCCUACAGACACUUGCACAACAUGAAGGGGCUGAGGCAGCAAGCUGUGCUGGCCAUUGGCCAGGAGCUGAACCGGAGGGCACUGGGGGGCCCGACCCCGGGUGCGUGGAUCAGCCAGGUUCGGCGCCGGAGCUCUCUGCUUGGUUCACGGCUGGAAGACACCCUCUACAGCGACCAGGAGCUGGCCUAUAUCCGGCAGGGCGAGGAGGCCAUGCAGAAGGCCUUGGGCAUCCUCAGCAACCAGGAGGGCUGGAAGAAAGAGAACCAGCAGACGAACGGGGACAAAGUGCUGAGUAAAGUGGUCCCAGAUGUGGGCAAGGUGUUCCGGCUGGAGGUGGUGGUGGACCAGCCCAUGGAGAGGCUCUAUGAAGAGCUCGUGGAACACAUGGAGGCAAUGGGAGAAUGGAACCCGAAUGUCAAGGAGAUCAAGGUCCUGCAGAGGAUUGGAAAGGACACAGUCAUCACCCACGAGUUGGCUGCAGAAGCAGCAGGAAACCUGGUGGGGCCCCGUGAUUUCGUGAGCGUGCGUUGUGCCAAGCGCCGCGGGUCCACCUGUGUGCUGGCUGGCAUGGCCACACAUUUUGGGGAGAUGCCCGAGCAGAAAGGUGUCAUCAGAGGUGAGCAUGGUCCCACGUGCAUGGUGCUCCAUCCCCUGGCUGAAAGUCCCUCCAAGACCAAACUCACCUGGCUGCUCAGCAUUGACCUCAAGGGAUGGCUGCCAAAGACCAUCAUCAACCAGGUCUUAUCACAGACUCAGGUGGAUUUUGCCAACCACCUGCGCAAGCACCUGGAGUCCAGCCCUGCUCCUGAAGCCAGGUGUUAAGGACCAGCCUGCUUCUUCCAACUGUCCUUAGCUGCACUGGCUUGCACGCUCAUCGGGAAGAUCUCUGCUAGAAGCCUACAAGUCUAAGAUCUUCAUCUGGGACUGUGGGAUGGGGUGGGAGUGUAUUUCCAGUAGGAUACUGGGACUCUGAUUGGUCAAAUUUUACAACUAAGAAAAUGGGGACAAGGCUUUUUAAGAGAAAGAGCUUUCUAACUUCAUUCGGGGAUUAGCUGCGAAAUGAAGGUUAAGGGACCCCAAAUAUUUGUAAGACUUCUUUUUGGGCCCUUACACUUCUAUUAAAAACAUCUUUAAAAUGGUACUGAUACAGGGUGCGAGGGUGCUAAACACAAUGACUGGGGCCUUGUGUUUUAUGGGCUCAUGAGCUCCAUUCCUCAUAGGCCAUGUGUGUGGAUGCAGCGGGGUUUGACAAAAGGGACUCCAGCAACCCUCUGCUCCUCUACCAAAUAAGUAGCAAGCAGCACCAAAGAUCAGCAACUCCCCACAGCAGGUGCCCUCAAGAAAUGUAGUCUAGGUUUUCUUGAUUGAAAAAAUGCAGAAAACUAAUUAAUUCCAUUCUCCUAUUUUUCCCAUGAGCACCAGUCAGAAUAAAGACUCAUAACCGACACAAAAACUUCAGUCUCUACCUGUUUGUUUAAAAAUUCUUUUUAAAAAAAUCAUUCUAGUAAACUGCAACUUUUUGAUAAAGGAGUCCUGGACAAAGGUUUUUUGGUUUUUUUUUUUUUUUUUUAAAGAUGUUAUUUGAAAGAGAGACAGAGAGAGCACAAGCGGGGGAGAGGGCCAUAGGAAGAAGGAUAAGCAGACCCCCAGUUCAUGACCUGAGCAGAAGCUGGACAAAGAUUUUAAUGAAACUAGAUCCCAUAGCUCACUAGAAGGAAAAACUACUGGGCACUUAGGUCACUCAAUUAUUUAAAAUCUGUUAUCAGGAUCUUUCAUAAGGGUUUAAUUUCCAUGAUAAGGACAAACCUAAAUCAAUUCUUGAAAGAACUCUAGAACUGGUGGCUGAUGGAUGAGUACUGGAAGAGGAUUCUGACUGAGGAUUUUUAUUUACUGACUUAAAAGAUAGAACAGAGGGACGCCUGGGUGGCUCAGUUGGUUAAGCAUCUGUCUUCGGCUCAGGUCAUAAUCCCAGGGUCCUGGGAUGGAGUCCCGCAUUGGGCUCCCUGCUCAGCUCCUCUGCCUGCUGCUCUGCCUACCUGUGCUCUCCAUCUCUCUGUUCAUAAAUAAAUAAAAUCUUAAAAACAGACAGGGCAGGACCAAAUAUGAGAGAAUGAAUGACAAAGUUGAACAGAAACAAAUCUUAUUAUUUUCCCUGAAGAGAAUGUUGAGAUCUGAAAAGGGAACUGAAUCUUUAGUUCAGAGCUAAUUAUAUCAGCUUCCAGCCUGGUUCAGGGCUGCCACUUUCUGCCAUUAACAGGUCAGUGUUUUACAAUCUCCAGGAGAGAUGGCUAAAAAGAGGUGCUAUGGUGAUAGCCAACUCCCCUUCCAAGAUUCAGAGAACUUUUGCUUUAAAGAUAUAAACUGGGAUGAGAUCACGUUGCUAAUGUGUGUAGGGAAGGUGCAAAUCCAACCCUUACCACCUGAAGCUUUUCGAUUCUGGUUCUAAUAGCAUUGCUGAUUUAAAGCAUUUGGAAAUAGAGCCCUAGCUUAUUUAUUAAAGAGUUUAGCAGGAGUGGGAGUGCUGAUAUUUAUUGAGCUAUUAAAAUUUUACAGCUCAGAAAAGCAUUUUUUAUUAUUUAUUCUGAUCAUUUCCUAGAGUGGUCUAUUUUUAGCAUAGAUCACAUUACUGUUGGGGCGCCUGGGUGGCUCAGUCCGUUAAGCGUCUGCCUUCGGCUCAGGUCGUGAUCCCAGGGUCCUGGGAUCGAGUUCCACAUCAGGCUCUCUGCUCUGCGGGAAGCCUGCUUCUCCCUCUGCUUGUGUUCCUGUUCUCACUCUCUCUCUGUCAAAUAAAUAAAAAUAAAACUCACACACACAAUUAUUGUUUAUCUAUCUGGGAGCUUCAGAAUGAGAGGGCAUAGUUGUAGAAGUAUUUCUAGAACAGAAUUAUCAUCCACUCCCAGCUAAGCGAAAAUGAUUGUUUAAAGAUGUUUAAAGAUGUGUGAAGCAAUAUACACUCUGGUUUCAAAAAAGAACAGGCUGAAAGCAAAACAAUGGCAUUUUACCACAUACCAGUGAAGUUUUGAGCUUGAUUGUAAUUUGCCUUCUUCAAACCAAGCAACUGUGUCUUUGAGGGGACUGGGAGAUAUUUUCCCACUUGUUUAAUUUUACAUUGGAAUAAAAUUAAGUUGUCAGUGAUGAUCUGCUUAGAGGUCUCCGUGAAGAGUGGGGAUUCUAUGAGCUCUCCAAAUGAACCUCGAAACACACAUGCUUUUAAAUAUAAAUGGGCAAAAUCAUUACUUCUGCAACCUCUGAUCUAUGAAAAUCCGAUGUACAAAAAUUUUAUCAUUUAAAUGGAAAGUGGGUGUACAAGUAACGUGGUAAUUUAUAUUACAAAGAAUUUACCUCCAGCUUCCCUAAUGAAUACUACCCUCAGUUGAAAACUAGAGCUAUAAUACAACCCAGGAAUCACAUUACUGGAUAACUACACUAAAUAUCCAAAUGUAGUGCUCUGAAGGGGCACAUGCACCUGAAUGUUUAUAGCAACAAUGUCCACAAUAGCCAAACUAUGGAAAGAAUCUAGAUGUCCAUCAACAGAUGAAUGGAUAAAGAAGAGGUGGUGUUUAUACACAAUGGAAUACUAUGCAGCCAUCAAAAGAAAUGAAAUCUUGCCAUUUGCAACGAUAUGGAUGGAACUAGAGGGUAUUAUGCUGAGUGAAAUAAGUCAAUUAGAUAAAGACAUUUUUCAUAGGAUCUUUCUGAUAUGAGGAAUUUAAGAGG